AUGGCAAAAUAUUUGCAGCAGCUACUGACAACGGUUCUAAUAUUAAAAAAGCAAUAUGACUUUGCAGUCCACAACAAUCAUGAUUUAGCCUGGAGUCGUUUAUUAUAUCUCAAACGUGCAAUUCAAUGCUUGGCAGAUGAAUUUGAAGAAAAUACGGAUAUAAUUACAAUUACUGAACCAAUUCUCAAGCACAAAAUAUUAGCCGAUUAUCAGUAA